AGCUGAAGGUAUCGCAUUAUGCUUCUUGUCAGACGUGUGGACUAAACAUUUUAUUCGGCGUCUCCUUCCAUUUAAAUUUAUAAGGGCGCUUUAGAAUAUCUUUGAGCAUGGAACUAGCAGCAAGACACCAUGUUUUCUAUGGAAUUUCCGUAGUUAUUCAGAUUACAUUUACCAUACAGGAACUGUCAUCAAAUGGGGUCUCCUACUUUGACUUUGAGAGGCUCUCCAAGCAAGAGAGUGCUGAUGUAUACUUCAAGCUUGUCCAUAAAAGAUGGAGGAGAUGGCUGUUCUCAUCUACACCAGAGGACCAAAUCAGUCAGAAGAACCAGGAUCUGGAACGGUAUGAAGUGAAGAGCAGAUUGGAUUCAGAGCGCUUUCCAGAAGUUGUGACUAAUAAAAAUCAUGACAACUCAUCCAUUGAGAGAGAUAUGGAUCAUAUCUACUACAUAUCCAAAAUCUAUGGGCCCACGCACAGUGCAACCAAGGAUUUGUGGGUCAAUCUUGAGCAAAUGGACAUGGGAAAAGUUCAUGGAAUUCUCUCCAACACACAUCGACAAACUUCGAGAUUAAAUCUGUCUUUCGAUUUCCCUUUCUAUGGACAUCUAUUAAGGGAAAUACAUGUAGCUACGGGAGGUUUCAUCUACACUGGAGAUGUAAUCCACAAAAUGCUCACAGCGACUCAGUACAUUGCUCCUCUCAUGGCUAAUUUUGAUCUCAGCAUCUCACAAGAUUCAUCGGUCAUUUACUGUGAUAAUGGUACAGCUCUUGUUGUGCAGUGGGACCAUGUUUAUCUCCAGGAUGCUUCUCAUUUGGGCAGUUUUACCUUCCAGACAACUUUGCACAAUGAUGGCAGAAUCAUAUUUGCAUAUAAAAAGAUUCCCAUUGACAUUAGUAAGAUUAGCCCAGUGAAUCAUCCUGUAAAAGUUGGGCUCUCUGAUGCUUUUGUGGUUCUUCAUAAGAUUGACCAGCUUCCCAAUGUUCGACGAAGAACAAUAUAUGAAUACCAUCGGGUAGAGCUCUUAAAAUCCAAGAUCACCAACUCCACUGCUGUCAAGAUGAUUCCUCUGCCGACCUGCCUCCAGUUCUCCAGCUGUGAGAUGUGUGUUACAGCUUAUAUUGGCUUCAACUGUAGCUGGUGUAAUCGCCUACAAAGAUGUUCCAGUGGAUUUGACCAGUACCGUCAGGACUGGGUUGAUAGUGGGUGUCUAAAUGAGAUAAAGAACCAGAGCUGUGGUCAACAUCUAAACAGAAAACCACCUCUCAUUAAAACCAGCACUCCAGCAACACAGACAGGAACAAAAACAACACAACUGAUCAGAAUUUCCACAACCACAACAACAUCAACCACAUCGAUCGGAGGCUCCUCACUUUCUACCAAAAUAACCAGCACACCCUUAUUCUUAAGAAAUCCUCCUACCAGCAUCCUCACCGAUGAGUCUAAGAUGGACAGUACAGAGAAACAGACUGAGGAGCAGAUGCAGACUGGUCUGUUCAUCGGCAUCCUGGUCGUCAUGGUCCUUAUGGUGGCAGCUGUGUUGGUAUCUAUAUACAUGUACUACCAUCCCACCUCCAGCGCUAGUCUCUUUUUAAUAGAGAGAAGGCCAACAAACUGGCCUGCCAUGAAAUUUCGGAGGGGAUCAGGACACCCAUCAUAUGCAGAGGUAGAGGCCAUGGGGCAGGACAAAGAAGGAUUCAUCAUGAUGGAACCUAAAGACAGUUUUUUGGUAUCAGACAGGAGAAAGAGUUCAUUCCUAACUAACCAGAGAGAAGGAUUUAUUGUGGCUGACCAAAGAGAACGCUUCCUCAUCAUGGAACGCUGCUGACAUGAAUCCCAUACUU